AUGCUCCAGCAAUCUCUAGAAACUAAACAGCAAACUGACGGACGGAUUUGCCAAGGUACUGGAAGAAUAUCCAGUAGAUUUGUGGAAGACAUUGUAACGAACCCUCCGCCCAGCCCCGAACAAUUCACCCCAUCUUCCACGCCGCAUCUCUACGGCAGUUAUGAGAAUGUCUACGAAGAUCCGGAUGUUGACAUCGUAUAUAUCGGAACUCCGCACUCGUUUCACCACAGAAAUGCGCUGGACGCCAUCCAAGCAGGAAAGCAUGUUCUGUGCGAGAAGCCUUUUACGCUCAACCUGGAGCAGGCUCGAGAAGUGGUUGAGACUGCACGUAAGAAGGGAGUAUUUCUCAUGGAAGCCAUGUGGACGCGGUACUACCCGCUGACAAGGGAAUUGAGGCGGCAGAUCCACGAGGAAAAAUUGCUGGGAGACGUCUAUCGGAUGUUUUCUGAUUUCGGCCUCGAUUUGGAUAUUCCCAGUAUGCCGCGUGACUCUCGUUACGUACAGCCAUCACUCGGUGCGGGUGGUCUGCUAGACGUCGGAAUUUACUCCCUGACCUGGGCGUUGCUCACUCUCGAUCCUGGUGUCGGCGUGGGAGCCGAAAUGCCCCGGGUCUUAGCCGCGCAGACGAUCGAGUAUAAUGUUGAUGCGACCUCAUCAGUCAUCCUUCAAUUCCCGUCCACAGGUCGUCAUGGUAUCGUCACAUGCACCACAAAAGGGAGACAGGAUCGAGAGUUUAUGCGUGUCGAGGGGCCGAAGGGCGUUAUCAAAGUCGAGGGUUCGAUGCCCUCGUCGCCAGAGUCGUUUACUUUUUACCCACGAGACCCGGCAGGUGAAGUCCGCAAGUUCUCGUUUGAGAAGCCCGGCUGGGGGUUUUGA